AGAGCGUUAUGUACAGGGGAGAAGGGAAAUGGAAGAAGCGGGAAACCACUUCAUUAUCGCGGUUCUGUAUUCCACCGCGUGAUAAAGGACUUCAUGAUCCAAGGGGGUGAUUUCACACGAUUUAAUGGAACAGGGGGCGAGAGUAUUUACGGGCAAAAGUUUGCUGAUGAGUCUUUCAAGUACAAACACUCCAAGCCUGGGUUAUUAUCCAUGGCAAACGCCGGCCCAAAUACAAACGGAUCUCAGUUCUUUAUAACAACGGUUCCAUGCCCGCACCUCGACGGCAAACAUGUUGUGUUUGGAGAGGUAAUCGCGGGAAUGGAACUUGUUCGGCAAAUAGAAAACCAACCAACGGAUGCGAAGGACAAGCCUCUGAAGGACUGCGUUGUGAUUGGAUGUGGAGAGAUAAAGGAGAGAAGUGUAUCUCCUAGCGGAAAUGCGGAGCAGCGUGGCCACCACGGACAUCAUCGCCAUCGCCAUCACAGACAUCAUGGGCAUCAUUCGGAAAGCGAGUUAAGCGAGUCGGAGAAGUCGGAGAAGUCGAAGGAGUCGAAGGAGUCGGAGAAGAACGAAGAUAAAGGAGGAGAAAGAGAUUCUGAGAAAAGAGGGGAACAAGUGACAGUGGUGAAUGGCGUUUCGGUUUCGGUUUCGGUUUUGAUUUCGAUUUCGAUUUCAUUGUAA